AAACAAUCAGUUUUUCUGGAUUUAUACAUUUGUGUUGACCGUACAGUUGACUGUCCAUGUAAAGAAGGUUGUUCUUCAGCCAGAGACUAAUGAAAUAACACCACAGGGCCAAUUCAUAGAACACAGUGGACAAGAUAUUGUUGAGGGGCUUAAGACUGUAGCAGUUAUGUCCAAUAGUGUCGCCUUCCACGAACAGCUAGCCUCUUUAAUGGAGGUUUUAGCGAACACGGCUGUUGCUGAGAUCUGUAAACUCGUUGAUGAUGGCUAUGCCGUCCUACGAUUGGAAAUCUCUCAAAGCCAGAGAGAGAUUGACAACCUACGGCGUAAGCUACUUGUGACCAAACUUCAGAAUUACCGACGGAACGCAGAGAAGUUCGGGACUCUGCGACAGCGACGCACCGUUCAGAAGCACAUCGACGCCGGUGAUGUUGCUCGUGCCAAAGAGAAGUCCAGGGACUCCCCAGCAUAUUGCAAGUAGAUUUUAACUGCCUCAAUAGAUAUGUUUUUUUUAUGUAAUGUAGCUUUUACAGUUUAUUUAUUUAUAUUUCAUCUAGUGGACAAUCGUUCUGGUGUACAUGGAACCUCUACGCUGCAGAGUGCUACAGGGCGCAAUUCUUCAAACCCCAACGCUGUCCCAAACACGAACGACAAACACAGCCAGGGCAGGGAAACGAAGAAAGGUUUGCCCGUUAUUAUCAAAGUGGAGAGCUUGACCCCCAGCAGAACGGCCACUGGUCCUCCAGAGAUGGGAGAAGGGGAGCCUAAUAACCCAGAGACCUGCACGUCUGUCCGGGCCUCUGAGGACUGGGAGCCUGAUAUGGUUGUGGUGGUGGUGGAUCCAGCCCCCAUCAAAGAAGAAGCUGGGAUCAACUGUGAGUGGAGCUUAUCGGACCAGGAAGCAGUGAUCAGAGAGGACCGGGGAACUGAGGAUGAUGAUGGAGGAAGAGGAGGAGAUAUGAACUAUUUGAUGGACGAUUUCGACCAGCUGCCUUCCACCUCGGCCCCCUCUUCCUUCUCCUCCUCCUUCUUCUCAUCCUCCAUCUCUUCUUCCUUCUUCUCCACCUCCUCCUCACACCUGGUUCCAGGGCCUCUCCACCAGCAACAGAAGCAGGGAGACCAGCAGCACCACCUCCCCAACCCACAGAGAGAACCCCCCACCGUGCAGAGAGCCUUAGGGAAGCACCUCCCCUCAUCCACCCAUCCUCCUCCUCCACUCAUCCACUACUCCUCGCUCCUCUCCAGAGCAACUGGCAGUGCAGAGAACCAAGGAGGAAGAGGAGGAGGAGACACCCACACAGAGAAGCCUGGGUACUGGUACCAUCUUAAAUGCGAGGUGUGCGGUAAAUUAUUCCCCCGACCCGCGGCCCUACAGAGACAUCACCGCGUCCACACCGGAGAGAAGCCCUUCUCCUGCCGUCACUGCGCUAAGAGGUUCUCCUAUGGGCACCAGCUGAAGAACCACGAGAGGGUUCACACAGGAGAGAGGCCGUUCUCCUGCAAACUCUGCGGGAAGAGCUUCUCUCAGUCCAGCCACCUGAAGAGGCACCUUAGUGUGCAUACGGGACACUCCCUGGUCCACAUCUCAGUGCAGAAAGAGAACACUCUGCCUUCAGUGAAUAAAUGCUUGGAUUGCUGCAACAGGUAUCACUGUCCCUUCUGCAAAACCUCUGUGUUCAAACCAACCAACAAGUAUAAACUCCGCAGACAUCUGCAGUCUCACCUUUCAAGGGCUGUGAACUACAGAGGCUACAGCCUUUUUAGGUGCUUUUUAGAGUGUAGUUCAUCAGGUCACAACCACUGCCCGUUCUGCAGAACCAUCAUAUUGAAGAAGGCCGACUUCAUCAACCACGUGACGUCAUGCAGGGCCUCCAGCCCCACCACCAGCCAAUCUAACUCCGCCCCAUCCUCGUUCUCAACCGCCACUCUCUCAUCCCCCACCAAUCAGAAGCGUGGAGCGCUGGUAAGCUCCGCCUCUCAGACUCCUCUCUCUUUCAUCUCUGGCCUGAGCGAUGUGGGUCAGGUCAGGUCAUCGGUGGCUUCAAGAGAGACAAUUUGUCACAAGUGCGGCCUCACGCUGCUCACCAAGAACCUCCGCAACCACAUCUUGAGGAGGCACCCAGAUGGUGGCGGGUUGCCAAGCAAACGUUGGGACACAUCUGGGACAAUGGCGAAUGUUAAUUUUCAUUCGCAACUUGCAUCCAUCAUGGAAGUGCUGGCCAACGCGGCAGUAUCAGACAUUUGUCAGCUUGUUGACGACGGAUACGCCGUGCUGCGGCUUGAAAUAUCCAGGGCUCAGCGAGAGAACCUGGCAUUGAAGAGCAAACUACGGUUAAUGGAAGUUCGAUCACGGGACCGGUUCGCCAGAAGGAGCCCCGUACCUCACCUGGCUGUGUCUUGCGCUAGGAAAGCUCAUGUAGCUGUUAAGCAUUCCUUAAACGCCAAGAAGAAUGCUGCAGGAUCCAGGCUGAUUGGGGACCAGGGCACCCACCUCUCUACUGUGUGUGCUCAGCCUGAGGACCCCCUGGAGUACCCUGAGCUGGUCUUGAUAAAGGAAGAGAGGCAGGAGGAGGAACUGAAAGACUGCAGUUCUCACCUGGCCCAGGGAAAUGCUGGAGUAUCUCACUCUCUUCCUGCUAACAACAACCACACUCUGAACAUAGAGACGCCUCUGGACCAGCACAGGAGUCCAGGCUCCAGCCUCCCAGGGUUGCAAAGGCCCGGGUCACCACCAGAGCACCCUGCCCAGGGAUCGCAGGAGCAGGCCGGUGACAGCGACGUCCUGAGGUCCCCUCUCCCUGGAGGUCACCACAGCACCACCAGCCAGCAGCUGCAGCCGCACCACGUGUACGUCGGAGGCUGUGAAACUGCGGGCUCGUCAUCUCAAAUGGCGUCUCCUGCAGACGCCGUGGAACCGUCCUGCUCGUUCUCGGUGGAAGCGAUGAGGUCGUUCGGUGCAGAGGUUCCCCUGUUGCUAGGUGACGGAGAGAGCUCGCACGGGUUCGUCUCCUCGCUCGGGCUCGGAAGAGUCGACUCUCUCAAAAUGGAAAGAGGGGCAGAGUCCACUUGGGCUGAUGGGAAGGUUUUUGGAUCGGGCCUGUCUCUAGAUCCCAUUACUGGGAGGGACAGAGAGGACGGGGAGUCGGCCUCUAACCUCUCCUCUCAGACCCAUGAGAGCAAGUCCAGCGAGCUAGAUGCCACCGGGUUCGACUCGUCCUUCGACGAGCUGUUCUCCUCGCCCGACGCCAACGUGGUGCAGGUUCUCCACCGGAAUGGAGGUGUGGGUACCGAGGGGGAGUCUUCAUAUCAGUUCCUGGCCAGUGGGGGUGGUUUCGGAGGCCUGACGGACACUUCGCCCCGCAUCAGACUGGACCCGGAAAGGGUGCUCCAUUGCGAGCAGUGCGGACGGCUUUUCCACAACGCGCGAGACCUAGUAGUGCACCAGAGGUCCCAUGCCGGAGAGAGACUCUUCCACUGCCCCCAGUGCAAGAAACCCUUCCUGCACCUCCACCAGCUGAAGACACACCAGAGGGUCCACACCGGUGAGAAACCCUUCAGCUGCGCCCAGUGCGGCCGCCACUUCUCCCAGUCCAGCCACAUCAAGAGACACAUGAGUGUCCACACGGGGGAGAAGAGGUACAGCUGCUCCCUGUGUGGGAAGAGGUUUUCCCAGGCUUGCAGCCUGAAGGUGCACCAGAGUGUCCACACUGGAGAGAGGCCGUACAGCUGUACUCAGUGUGGGAAGAGCUUCUCUGUAUUGGGUAAUCUGGUUAGGCAUCAGAGCGUUCACAUCAGGAAAUAAUAUUUAUAAUUGUAUCAUGAAUGGAAGAGGUUUGUUUAUGAUGUGCAUGAAUGUGUUUUGAUCGAUGAAUGGAUUGUGGUAGCACAGCACUGUUGACAUUUUUUUUUAUAGUUUACAAGAUAUAUUUAUUUAAAUGUAUUAAUGUGAAAUCAUUAAACCCUUUUGUCUAUGGACCAA